UCUCCAUAUUUUUGUCUCUGUCUUUCCCUUUCACUUCCUUUUCUCAUUUAUUCCCCCUCAUCCUUUAUAUCAAUUCCCUCCUUCCAAUACUCAUUUUCACUGCUUAUUCUUUUACCUCACCAAAACCCUCUUACAAUCUUUUACCUUCAAAUUCUUCAUUCUUCCCCUGUUUUCCACUGUUCUUCCUCUUCUUGGAGUUGCAUUUUCUUGCAUACCAAUUUGCCAGAAUUCUAUUCUACAUAAUCUGAUAUUGGAGUUUGAACCAUUUCUCUGUUGAAGUUCACUUUUUGUUGUGUGUUCAUCUUGUGGGUCUGUUUGCUCUGUUUUUGGGUGGGUUUGAAUGGGGAUUGGGAGGAACUCGAGUGAUAGGAAAGGGAGAGAAUUGUGUGAAUUGUCUGCAGAGACGAAGAGUACCAACAGCAAAUCGAGGAAGAAUCGGCGACAUCGUCAGAGGAAUGUGUUGCCGGUUCAGAGAUUGUUUCAGACUUGUAAACAAGUGUUUGCCUCCACUGGCCCUGGGGUUGUUCCUUCACCUCAACAUAUUGAAAUGCUUCACUCUAUUUUAGCUGGAAUAAAACCAGAAGAUGUUGGCUUGAAACCUGAUAUGCCAUAUUUCAUGAAUAAUAGUGCACGAAAAAUGCCAAAAAUUACAUACUUACACAUUUAUGAGUGCGAAAAUUUCUCGAUGGGUAUAUUUUGCUUGCCACCUGGUGGAGUUAUUCCUCUUCACAAUCACCCUGAAAUGACGGUUUUCAGCAAGCUUCUAUUUGGAACCAUGCACAUAAAAUCUUAUGAUUGGGUCGUUGACUUGCCUUCUGAAAUGCCCACCAUUUUAAAAUCAUCAGAAAUCCAGACACAAGAGAAAAGGUUGGCUAAAGUUAAGGUUGAUGCUGAUUUCACUGCUCCUUGUGACCCUUCCAUCCUUUAUCCUACUGAUGGAGGCAACAUGCAUUGUUUCACGGCAGUGACAGCGUGUGCCGUUCUAGAUGUGCUUGGUCCUCCAUACAAUGAUCCUGAUGGCAGACACUGCAGUUACUACCAUAAUUUCCCCUUUUCCAACUUUUCAGAUGGAAUAUCCAUGCCAGAAGAAGAAAGGACAGGUUAUGAAUGGCUUCAAGAGAGGGAGAAACCUGAGAAAUUUCAAGUGGCAGGAAAAAUGUACAGUGGCCCCAAGAUAGUGGAGAACUAGUUAUCUUGUCUUGUCACUCACCAAAAUCCUGUUGCUGCGGUCAAAUAUUCUUGUAGACAAUUCCUCUGUCAAUGUUGCCAAAUUGAUCAUGUCACUCUUCCACUGUCUUGUAGUGAAACUUGGUCAUAUCUUGUUCUUUUUUAGAAUUGUGUCCAUGUUAGUGUACAUACCAGAAACAGGAAAGGACAAAUGCUGCACUGGAGAAUGGAAUCAGAAUGAAGGUGCUGCAAACAACUGAGCUAGUAUCCUGAAACCGGAGACUUUGUUUUUAGGGGGUUGUCUAACUUGAUGGUGUUCAAUAAUCUCAUUCUAGGUGAACCAUUAGUGUUUAAAAUAAGUGCUUUUGAAAUUAAAUUCAUUUUUUAUUUGAAAUUUUAUAAAUAACACUAUUGGUUCAAUUAGAAUGAGGUUGCAACUUGAUGAGAUAAGUUAGACAACUUUUUUAGGGGGGGGAAAUGGUUUUAAGAAUAGGGGGAAGCAACUGAUGUACCUUUACCUUUUAGUGCAUUGGUUUAUUAGAAUGUGUUUGUGUUAAUUUUGGAAACUUGCUAGGUUUCGCAUUUAUGAGUAGCUUUUAUGGGGAGAGUUACGUUGAUAAAGUUAAAAGUGGCUGCUAAUGUUCAUGUUUUAUUCCUUUAAAAACUCAUAAUAGGAGAAUUCUGUUAUACCCGCAUUUUUUUUAGUGUGGAAAACAUGUAA